UCCAGGCUGGAGACACACGGGCAGCGGCAGUCAGGCUGCUUUCACUGAGGAGCGGAGAGUGGACCGUGGGACGAGGACAGCGGUCAGAGGACAGACACUGGACACCAUGAGACGAUAAAGACAGCACUCCGCAAAAUGAAGACACCCAUGCGCCAUGGGGUAACCGUGCUUCUCGUGCUUCUCCUGUGCGCCAGCUUGUUCCUCGUAUACAAUGGAAGCUUCAACAUCGCUUCCAGGGACGCUAACGACACGCACGUCCAACAGCAUGAACAGCUGCGGCGGCGGCCCACUGAAGCCUCCGUCAGGGUGGCCAAGCCUCAUCCCCCGGUUCUCCAGGGAUACAGUGGCAUCAUCGACCACAAGCCUCUGAGAAUGCACUGCCAGACCUGCGCCCUGGUGACUAGCUCGGGUCACCUCGUCGGAGGCGGCAGGGGUGACGAGAUUGACCAGGCCGAGUGUGUCAUCCGCAUGAAUGACGCCCCCACGGCCAGGGGUUACGCCCGCGACGUUGGCCGCCGCACCUCUCUGCGUGUCAUCGCACACUCCAGUAUGCAGAGGGUCCUGCGGAGUCGCCAUGAGCUGCUCAACGCCAGCCAGGACACAGUGUUCAUCUUCUGGGGCCCCAGCAGCUACAUGAGGCGCGAUGGGAAGGGCCUGGUUUACAACAACCUGAGGCUGAUGAACCAAGUGCUGCCCAAACUCAAAGUCUACAUCAUCUCCUGGCAGAAGAUGCUCCAGUUUGACGAGCUCUUCAAGAAGGAGACAGGCAAAGACAGGAGGGUAUCAAACUCCUGGCUGAGCACCGGCUGGUUCACGAUGACCAUCGCUCUGGAGCUGUGCGACAGGAUCAACGUGUAUGGCAUGGUUGCCCCUGACUUCUGCAGGGAGCCUCAGCACCACUCUGUCCCCUACCACUACUACGAGCCUCGGGGUCCAGAUGAGUGUGCCAUGUACAUCUCCCACGAGCGUGGACGGCGGGGCAGCCACCACCGCUUCAUCACAGAGAAGCGGGUCUUUGCCAACUGGGCACGGACAUUUGACAUCCACUUCUACCAGCCGGACUGGAGCCCCCCACCUCUUCCAGCCAACCGGACGCUGAAGGGAGCGGUUACGGCGGCACCUUUGGUACUUCAGAAGACGUGACCAGUGAUGGAAAGUGAAAGAAAAUGCUCAAGGGAUUCACACGGGGACUGAGGACUGAUUACUGGAACCUUACAGAGAGGGUAUAUGAAGUAGGAAAGAAAAAUAGUUAAAGUAAAUGAAGUCUGAGUCUUGUUGAUCCUGCUGGACAUUAGUUCUGAACAUUUCUCCAGCUCCGUCACUGCAACUCCAGCAGUGUGUUUUGUUUAACCAGGCGAACAAGUUCAGCGUUGUACAUCCCUUUUUGAAAACCUUGUAAAGUGAGGUUAUCAUCACACAAUCUGCUCUCAGUGCAUGCAGUGUCUUACUGUGGAUCCUCCUCGUCUUUGUGCAUGUGUUUGUGUGAACGUGUGUGUGCGUGCGUGUGUGUGUGUAUGCAUGUGGGGGUGUGUUUACCACAGAGGAAUCAUGAGUUUGGGCUUUGCGCAAAGCCUUUAUUGGAUAAAGGCUCUGAAAAGGAUUCACUGCUUACAGCUCCCUGAAAGAAAAAUACCAUUACAAUGCCCUUAAUCCAACAGUGUAGUGCUGGAGGAUCCUUAGACUCCUGUGUCAUGCAACAAAGGCUCAGCCUCCUUCAAAAGCAGUUGUAUAAAUCAACUCCCCGACUUACAUUUAUGCUGCCUCUCAGAAAUGCACAUUGUGAGCUUGCCAAAGUGUCACCCAAGUCAAACUUUGCAAAGCAGUAUUUUUUGGCUGAAAAGGGAAGAGUGUGACAUUCGCUGAGCAUUUGGUCUUGUGUGUGUGUGUGUGUGUGUGUGUGUGUGUGUGUGUGUGUGUGUGUGUGUGUGUGUGUGUGUGUGUGUGUGUGUGUGUGUGCCUCUUCUGGUCCCAUACAAUAUGUAUCAUGAGGCUUUGUCAGCUCCUGUCAAAAGUUAAUAAUGCAAUUUUAUAUAACUACAAGCUGCAUUUCCGUGUAAACGUACAUCCUUGCCACACAAGACUAGUGGGAGAUUAAGAUGGAGAGCAGGGAUGCAGCAGUGGCAUCCAUCCCACUAUAUUCACCUGCUGCCGCCUCUGUGAGCCGGAAUCGCCUCAAGACUUACUCCGUUUAGAAGAAUACUACUUUUUCUUUUUCUUUUUUUUAAAUGGACAAUUAUGUGAUCUGUCACUCUCCUCACCUGAUUGUGUUUAAUCUGCAGUCUUCUCUCAUUUGAUGCUUCUCACAGACUGCCCCCACUCCCGCUCUCUCACAGAGAUCCUUGAUUUUUUCUUUUUCUCCAUGAAUAACAACCAGUUGUCAGGCAGAAAGUGAGACUUGUGGUUAUCUCAAUGACACGUCCUGGCCCUAACUUGGUCACUAUUGAUUUUGCCCUCAUCUCAGUGAGGUGAGUAAUGAGAGGACAGAUACUGUGGGUCAUGUACAUGCACUAGGUGCUCACACCAUAGCGUUUCCAUACUUCAUCAGCUGCAGCGGUGGUGCUACACAGUGCGUCGACAGGCUCCGUACUGUUGCAAAGACCAAGACAGUUCCCAGAGCCCAAGGUGAUAUUUUCAAAUUGGAAGACAACCCAGACAAAAGAAAGAAAAGCAAAUUCUCAUAUUUCACACGGUGAAAGUGGAAAAUGUUUUUUGCUUCAGCUUCAUUGGUAAUUGAAAGGAAUAUUAUUUAAUUAAUUUAUUUAUUUAUUUAAAAAGCACCUUUCUUGCCAAGAGUUGGACGAAAAGAUAGAUAGUCUCUUUCCUUCAUUGUAGGGCUCAUUAGCUUAACUAGUGUUUGACAUAAAGAUCAAAACAUAAAACAUCUAAUAUCCUACUCUACAAUGGAGAAAUGGUCUGGUUAAACGCCUGGUUAAACGUUAAACGUGAAAUUAUAAUCUAAAGAGGUUUACAUGUCUAUAUAUUGCAACUAAGAUCAGAAGUUAGAACACAGUGCAUGUUUUGAUCCGACAAAUGCUUCUUCUGAGAACGACCUUUUAAGAUAAUAAGAGAUAAUUGAGGUUUUGUAUGACGUGUUGACACAGCUGUCCAAGAACACCACCACCAACCUGAGACCUGUAACUCGCUCUCAUUGAUAAUAUACAGAAAACUGAUUUUAGCCACUAAACAAAAGCUAAACACCUAAUUAAAUCGACACAUGCUUCAAUCUAAUACAUCCUAACAACAUGGAGGAAAUCUGUGUUUUUAGCCAGCAGCUCUUAUGUCCCUGUGAGCUAAAAACACAGAUUUUCUCCAUGGACUUUAGUGAAGGAGAGUGGGUGGUUCACAAACUUCCUUUUUCAGCAGCAAAAGGGUGUCUACUCUAACAUAAACAUAAUCUAACAAACAUAUUAUUAAGAUUUUAUAGAAUUAUGCAGGCUUAGAUUCUAUUAGGUGAAUAGCCAGGUUAUCACUGAGAGCUUGUGUCCAAGGCUGGUUGAUGAAAAAAGUGGCGCUCUCAGCAGAUCAGUCUGUGGUUAAGAAUGUGUCAGUGCCUACAAAACUGUUUGUUGUGUCAAUUUUGUUCACGUGAACACAGUGGGUAUCUUCAAGCUGAACAUCUCCUGUAACUCUUGGACAGAAAGACCAUUCCCAAAAUGUCAGAAAAAUUAAUCACAUUUAGCUUCCAAUCAAUUCCUGCAUUCAACUAACGUCAUGUCAGCACUUUUUUUUUCCUGCACAUAAAUGAAAAUGCCAUUUCAUUCAAUAAAAUACUUUUUAUCUGUG